AUGGUGCACCAGGUGGACAACGAGUACGACUACCUCUUCAAGAUCGUGCUCAUCAGCGACUCCGGCGUUGGCAAGUCCAACAUCCUCUCCCGAUUCACCUGCAACGAGUUCUGCCUCGAGUCCAAGUCCACCAUCGGCGUCGAGUUCGCCACCCGCACCCUCCAGUUUGGAACUGCAUUACAGAUUGAAGGGAAAACCAUCAAAGCUCAGAUAUGGGAUACUGCUGGGCAAGAGAGGUGGCUUCGUGAACUCCGUGACCAUGCUGACUCCAACAUCGCGAUUAUGAUGGUUGGUAACAAGUCUGACCUUAACCAACUGAGGUCGGUUGCAGAGGAAGAUGGCCAGGCAUUAGCAGAGAAGAAAGGCCUAUCCUUCCUCGAGACGUCCGCGCUUGAAGCUCUUUAA